UUGACAUGGCAUCUACAACGAGAGUGACCGUGCUGAUGGUGGUGGUGGCAGUGGUGAUGGCGGUGACGAUGACGGAGGCGCAGCAGGAGCAGCUUCCGUCGUGUGUUCAGAAGCUGACCCCCUGCUUUGAGUACUUAAACUACACCGGGGAGCUAGCGCCCUGUUGCGACGCGCUGAAAGAAGUAAUGGCUAACGAGAUUCCUUGUCUCUGCCAAUAUGCUAGGGAUAAUGGGCUGUUGAGCUACUCCAAAGUUGAAGACGACGAUUACAGAUCGCCCUUUGAUCUUCCCCAGGAAUGUGGAGUCUCUGAUGACAUCCCCUGCGACGACGACAACGACGGUCCUCCUGUGGUGGAACAUUCUAAAGCAAAUGGUGCAGGGAGGAUGAUUGCGAGGACUGCAAUUUCAAGCUUGCUACUAUUCAGUGUUCUUUGGGUGAUGCUUUGAUACAUCACAAAUGUGUUGGUUCUUGGACUCCACAUUUCCACACUAAUA